AUGGCCUCGAAGCUUCUAGGCAACGUUAUUCGCCGAGCCCUACUCAAGCCCGCCGCCGCCCUCAACCUUCGCCCACUUUCCACCGCCGCAUCCGUUGCCGCGGUCGAGCCUCUUGAGCAGGAUUCCGGUGGGAUAUCGAUGAAAGGGGUCAAAAUCUCCGGCAGACCCCUCUACCUCGAUAUGCAGGCAACGUCUCCGGUGGAUCCGAGGGUCCUCGACGCUAUGCUUCCUUACUAUGUCUCCCAGUUUGGAAACCCUCACUCGCGCACCCAUCUCUACGGCUGGGAAUCGGAGCAGGCCGUUGAAUCGGCCCGCGCCAAAGUCGCUGCCCUAAUCAACGCCUCCCCGAAGGAAAUCAUCUUCACCUCCGGCGCCACCGAGUCCAACAACAUCUCUGUCAAGGGCGUCAUGCAUUUCUACAGGGACAAGAAGCGCCACGUCAUCACCACCCAGACCGAGCACAAGUGCGUCCUCGAUUCCUGCCGCCAUCUGCAGCAGGAGGGCUUCGAAAUCACCUAUCUCCCUGUUAAGCCCGACGGGCUUGUAGACUUGGAGAAGCUUCGGGCUUCCAUCCGGCCCGACACCGGGCUGGUCUCCGUCAUGAUGGUGAACAACGAAAUUGGGGUGAUACAGCCAAUGGCGGAAAUUGGAAAAAUAUGUAAGGAAUUCAACGUCCCUCUGCACUCGGAUGCUGCCCAGGCUUUAGGUAAGAUACCGAUCGAUGUGAAUGAAAUGAACAUAAGCUUGAUGUCCCUUAGUGGGCAUAAGAUAUAUGGGCCAAAAGGGAUUGGGGCUUUGUACAUGAGGCGUAGACCGAGGAUCCGUGUGGAGCCUCAAAUGAACGGCGGCGGGCAAGAGAGGGGGAUUAGAAGUGGGACAGUACCGACCCCAUUGGUUGUUGGGUUUGGUGCUGCGUGUGAGCUGGCGAUGAAGGAACUGGAGUAUGAUGACAGGAGGAUAAAAUCAUUGCAAGAACGAUUGUUGAAUGGGAUUAGAGGGAAAUUGGAAGGCGUUGUAGUGAAUGGGAGUGAAAAAAGCCGGUACGCAGGCAAUUUGAAUCUUUCGUUUGCGUUUGUUGAAGGUGAGAGCUUGUUGAUGGGGUUAAAGGAGGUUGCUGUGUCGAGUGGCAGUGCUUGCACGAGCGCGAGUUUGGAGCCUUCGUAUGUGUUGAGGGCUUUGGGCGUGGAUGAGGACAUGGCCCACACAUCGAUAAGGUAUGGGAUAGGGAGAUUCACGACAGAGGAGGAGAUUGAUCGGGCGGUGGAGCUUACUGUUAAGCAGGUCGAGAAAUUGAGGGAGAUGAGCCCAUUGUAUGAGAUGUAUAAGGAUGGGAUUGAUAUCAAGAGCAUCCAGUGGGCACAGCACUGA